AAUCACGUGAAAAGUAAACAGAAGUUGACUCAGAGAGGAAAGCGUCAAAGACGUCCUGCUCUACUGUUCACUCACGAUAAUGUCAAGUAGCGUCAGUUCAAGAAUAAUUGUGGUACCAGUUGACUACAGCGAACAUGCAGAGAUGGCAUAUGCCUGGUAUGUGGAGAAUAUAAAACAAGAUGGAGAUAUUCUACAUAUUCUUCAUAUCCACGAGCCUCUAAUUCCAAGUUACGUGGGUUGGACCUACCAGGAGGUAGGCGCUCAGAUGGAAUUGGAGAAGCAAAGAGUUAUGGGACUACUCAAGAAAUAUGAACACAAACUUGGGCGUGACAAGAUAAGAGGUCACACCCAUCAUGAAGUCCACCAUAGACCAGGAGAAUGCAUCAUUACCUAUGCCAAAAAUAUCGGGGCACACAUGAUCCUUAUGGCAAGCCGUGGUCAUGGGAAAGUGCGUCAGACCAUAUUAGGUAGUAUAUCAGGAUAUGUGCUUCAUCACGCGCCAAUGCCUGUGCUGAUAAUCCCAAAGCCUCACCAUCAUCAUCAUAUGUUUGGUUGUCAUGACAACAAGGAAAUAAAAGUUGCGCACAAUGGUGCCACCUAUGAUAAGCUUGCUGAAAGCGUAGAGGAAACAGAAAUGUGAACAGUUUUGAAUUAAAAUUAAAACUAUGUAUCCAUAGGUGGACCAAUAAGGGACAAAUGAUUUGGGCCAAUAAGCAACUUUCAAAGACUGAUAUCAAAUAAUUAAGGACCAUUUAAGACUUGCAAAGACUGCAAUUAAAUGACCUAGGCCAAUACGAAUCAACUGAUUUCAGCCAGUUAUGCAAUUACAAAAACUAUGGACUUGAAUAAAUGAUGCGGGCCAAUUAGACACUUGCACAGAACAUGAU